AUGUUUGUCAACAAAGAAGGCGACGUGGUAUACUGUGCCAUCUCCCCGCUGUUCUGCAUGUUCAAUCACGACUGCGAUCCUUCCGCCGAAUGGCCAGCCUACGACCAAGGCGGUCCAGUGACAGUGGUUGCGAAACCAGAUAUCAAAGAGGGCGAGGAGAUCAGCGUGUCAUAUAUCCCUAACAUUCCGUUAGAAAAGGACAGACGUCUGAGACUAACGGCUCAAAUCGGUGGUGUGUGUGGUUGCGCCCGUUGUUGCAAAGAGAGGAAAAUGCCUCUGGAGGAAGAAAGACCGCCUCACUUUGAGCUGUUGCAGUUGCUGAAUGAGGUCAGCAAUGGAAAAGGUGACCCUCAAAACGAGAUUCUGAGACGUCUGAGAGAUCGAUAUAUCUCCUGA